AUGCGCACUCAGAUGUGCACCAUGGAAAAGAUGUAUAGCGAGAUGGUGCAAGCUGCAGGCGCUAGAUCUCGGUCUGAAAACCGGGUGGCACGCAAUGACAUGCACGAGCAAAGGGGUCAUCACCUCGGUCCAGUCAAGAAAGGGCACCCUGAGGGAGGUGAGGACGAGGAGUACACUCACCAGAGGGGUGACCUUCGCGAGCAUCUCAACAGAAAGAGAAGCUCGUCCCUCCGAAAGGGACAGUCUCCGUCCUGCUCGCAUAGAAACUCCAAUCAACAGGCAGAGUCCUCCUACAAUCCAAUAACUCCCGAAGGAGUGAUCACAAGGGAGGAGUUCGAUCAGCUAAAGAGCAAGUUUGAUGCCCAGGUUGAGGCCUUGAAGGCUAAGUGCGAGAAAAAGGAAAGUUCGUUUGAUGAUGGCGACCUGGGAGAAUCACCAUUCACCUCGGACAUCCUAGAAGCUCUGAUCCCUCUAAAAUUCAAGACUCCCACCAUGAAGCCUUAUGACGGGUCCAAGGACCCAAAAGACUAUGUUGAGGUCUUCGAAGGCCUCAUGGACUUUCAAGCGGCAACAGAUGCAAUCAAGUGCCGCGAUUUCCAGAUCGCGCUCACCGGCAGCGCACGCUUGUGGUACCGAAGACUCCCGGCCAGGUCGAUCUCGACCUACUCCCAGCUGAGGAAAGAAUUCAUUAUCCAAUUCUCUUCUCGGCAUUAUGAUAGAAAGACAGCGACUCACCUCACCACCAUCAGACAGAAGGAAGGUGAGACGCUGAGAGAAUAUGUCACAAGGUUCCAGGAGGAGCAGCUGAAGGUCGCACACUGCUCCGAUCACUCGGCCAUGUGCUACUUCCUCACCACCCUGGCCGACGAGACCCUCACUGUGAAGCUCGAGGAAGAAGCCCCAGCCACUUUCGUCGAGGUCCUGCAAAAGGCAAAGAAGAUUAUUGAUGGGCAAGAGCUCCUCCGAACCAAAACUGACCGACCAGAAAAGAAGAUCGACCAGGGGAGAGCUAGCAAGGACAAAGGAAAAACUGAUUCCAAGACCAGGGACAAGGGACCAUCCUCCUUUAGUAGCCGAGUUAAUUAUCGAAGGUCGGAUAACAGCCGCAGAAGCCGACCUUAUGAGCGUUACACUCCGACCACCAUCCCAAUCUCCGAAAUACUUACCAACAUUGAAAAGACUGGGAUGGAAAAGCUCCUCAAGCGACCUGAGAAGUUCUGA